CCGAGGCGAAAUUACGCGCAUCAAAGGCUGGUUUUGGUUUCACUUCCUUAAAGAAAAACGGUAACGAGACACUACUGUGUUCAGUGUUUUUUCUCUCCUGACAUUUAUUGAGACUAGAUCACUCUUCUAACGGUCCUAGAGAAAACUUUUGUUAAUAUCCUGUCAUACGCUAUUUUCAACGAUUUAAUAACCAAGACUGGAGUUUGUUUUUGCGGAGAGCUGUGGUUUCCGAGUAUUUCCGCGGCGGAUUAGGCCAGAGCCGAUAAGAACAAUGUUAUCAAAGCGUUUGAAGUAAAUACAGGCAGCUGAACCCAUGCAUUUUAUGGGCUCCAGUGCCGAGAAAGGCGGUGCUGGACUAAUGGGACGUGUGUCCACUGUCCAAAUUCUCACCUUGCACCGUGAGCUACUGGUCUCCCAGGUGAAGAGCACGCAGUGCAUUCUGGAUAACCUCAUACAAAAUGGCUUUCUGUGUAUCGAGGAUGCAGAAAUCAUCCAGCGCUCAGCCACCAAGACAGACCAGGUGCGUAAAAUCCUUGAAUUGGUCCAAAGCAAAGGGGAGCAGGCAUGUGAAUACUUCCUAUAUAUUCUCCACAAAGUUUAUGAUGCAUACAUAGACCUCCAACCAUGGCUUAAAGAGAUCAACUACCAGCCACCAGACUCCAUACAGGACAUACCAGUGAAGAACACAGACCCUAUUAGUAGGUACUGUGAGAAGCUGAGGCACGAGCUGGGCCGAGACACACGCUUCAUUGCCUCCUACGCCCAGCGAGAGGAGACUCUCCUGGAGGAGCUCUAUACAGACACCCUGAUGGAGCUCCUGAAUGACCGCAAUGAGAGCCUGGGCCACCUUGAGGGUCUGGCGCAGCUCCUGGGAGAGCAGGGUGUCUUUAACCCCCAGGCUGAGAUGGUGCUCGUCACUGGGGACGCUGGGGUGGGCAAGUCCAUCCUCCUCCAGAAGCUCCAGAGGCUGUGGUCCAAGAGGGAGCUGGAACAGACAGACGCCAUGUUCUUCUUCAAGUUCCGCUGCAGGAUGUUCAGCACAUUCAAGGAGACAGAUGAGAUCUCACUCAGGGACCUACUCUUCAAAUAUAACUGCUACCCCGACCAGGAUGCGGAUAACGAGGUGUUCAGAUAUAUCCUCCGCUUCCCUGAAAAGGUUAUCUUUACGUUUGACGGCUAUGAUGAGAUCCAGGAUGAUCUGGACCUGGAGAACGUGCCUGAGGUGGUUUCUCCAGAGGAGAGGACUCACCCCCUUCUGGUGCUCAUUAACCUGCUCUGUGGGAAGCUGCUUAAAGGUUCCCGGAAGGUCCUUACGGCUCGGACAGGCACAGAGGUCCAGAGCAGGGUGAUCCGGAAGAGGGUGGCCCUGCGUGGGUUCUCUCCCGCCCACCUUCAGACCUACACCAACCUGCACUUCAAGGACCAGGAGCACCGGGACCUGGUCUCAGUCCAGCUGGACGCCAGCCCCCACCUCUGUGGCCUCUGCUCCAUCCCCCUCUUCUGCUGGAUCGUCUUCAAGAGCUUUAAACACCUGCGCUCAGUCUACGAUGACUUUGAGCUGCCAGAGGUUUGCGUGACCCUCACUAACAUAUUCCUCCUGCUGUCUGAAGUCUUCUUCAGCCGGGGGCCGCUCCCUCCACCUGGCAUCCUGAAGAGAAACACCAGGUGCCCCGCUGAUACCUUCAGGGCAGGGCUGAAGCCGCUGACAGCCUUCUCUAAGCUGGCUCUGCUGGGCAUGGAGAGAGGAGGCUUUGUGUUCAACCAGGAGGAGGUGGCCUCCUGUGGCCUGACUGAGGAGGACCUUCAGAUGGGUUUCCUCCGACCAGUCAGCCACUACAAUGCCUGUGGAAACCCUUCCACCUUUGAGUUCCUGCACCUCACCCUGCAAUCCUUCUUGGCUGCAUUCUCCCUGGUUCUGGACGAACAGGCCACCGUAGGCAACAUCCUCAAGUUCUUUACCGAGUGCAGCAGGAGGGACAACACAUCUUGUUUAUCGUGUGUCGUCCCCUACAUCUGUGGCUCCUCUAAACCCAGGGGAAAGGACCCGUUCAAGACCAAUGAGCAUCUCCAGUUCACCAACCUCUUCCUGUGUGGACUGCUGUCUAAGGCCAACGCCGGCCUGCUGGAGCACAUGGUUCCUCCAGCGCUACUGAAGAGGAAGCGGGCGGUCCUCAAGUCCUACCUGUCCACCAGCGUGAGGUCCCACCUCCGUGGCCUGCCACUCCACAGCACAGAGCAGGAGGGCAGCAAGGUGCACGUCCUGCCCAACUUCCUGUGGAUGCUGCGCUGCAUCUUCGAGACAGGAAGUAAAGAGGUGGCCCAGCUGACUGCGAAGGGCAUAACAGCUGACUACAUCAAGCUGGGCUACUGUAAUGUGUUCUCUGGCGACUGCAGCGCCCUCAACUUUGUGCUGCAGCACCGGCGGAAGAGGCUAGGGGUGGACAUGGACAACAACAACAUCAGUGACUAUGGGGUCAAGCAGCUCAGGCCUUCAUUCAGUAAGAUGACCGUGGUGAGGUUGUGUGUCAAUCAGAUCUCAGACAGCAGCGUUGAGGUACUGGCUGAGGAGCUUAUCAAACACAAAGUGGUGGAGGUUCUGGGACUUUACAAUAAUCACAUCACGGACAUCGGAGCAAUGCUAAUCGCUCAUAUCAUUGAGGAAUGUCCUAAGUUAAGAGUCGUCAAGCUUGGCAACAACAAGUUCACCAGUGUGGGUGGCAGGUAUCUAGCCAGUGCCAUUCAGAAGAGCACAUCUAUCUUUGACGUGGGAAUGUGGGGGAACACCAUUGGUGAUGAAGGCGCGAGAGCAUUCGCAGAGGCCCUAAGGAAUCACCCAAGUCUUACCAACCUCAGUCUCUCAGCCAAUGGCAUCACUUCAGAAGGUGGGAGGAGCUUGGCCGAAGCACUGAAAGACAACACAAUGCUCAGAAUCUUCUGGUUGGUGCAAAACGAAUUGUCAGAUGAUGUAGCACCAGACUUGGCAGAACUGAUCAGAUCCAACACGGGUCUAUCUCACCUCUGGUUAAUCAAGAAUCAGCUGACAGUGGAUGGAAUCAGAACGCUGUCAGAGGCUCUCUCCAAAAACACAUCUCUCAAAGAGAUCAGUUUAAAAGGAAACUGUCUUUCUGAAGAGGAAGAGAAGCUGUUUGAGGCUGAGGGAAGGCUACGCUUCAACUGAGGAAACACAACUGAGCUGGAGAGUGUGUCAGUGCGCGCGCGCGCGCGUGUGUGUGUGUGUAGAUUGGUCACGUCUGUUAACGAAACGUAGAAAUUCUUUGUGUGUUUUAUGCAUACUACAUUUAGUAAAUAUUUGAACGGACUGUAUUAGCUAGGUGAAUCUGGCAUAUGGGUAAAAGCCUUGACCCAUAAAAACACUUCCUGCAGUCAUAUAUUUAUCCAUAAUGAAUCUCUUUUAAUUCAGGGAUUUGAAACCGGAGGUGCCUUUCUCAGAGAGGAAGUAUUCAAUGUAACUAUUUUACUAGCUCUACUUUAGUUUUGAAACAAAUUAACUUAUACAGUAAGGGCAAACUGUCCCUUGUUGAAGCACUUUCAGUUAACCAUGGAACAUCUUAUCAUUAUGCAAAGCAAAUCCAUUGUUUUAAUCAAAACCACUUUUGUUGGCCAAAUGAAAUAAAAUAAUUACUUUACUGGUGCUGAAUUGCAGUAUUGAAUUUCUCCUGCACCACAACAACACAGCACUGUGUAAAUAAACAGAAUGUAUGUGGUGCCUGCAAUUAACUGGAGACUAGGCCACUGCUCUCAAACCUCCCUUAUCAUUAGCCCUAACUCUCACCCCUCUGAUUUUUCUGCCUCAUUCCCAUUCCCUUAUUCUUGUAUACUGGCCAGAACUGGAACUGUAUGACACGUACUGACAGCCAUGUUAUGGUCAGUUUGUGGUCAUGCAGUUUGUGGUCAUGGUGACUAAUGAAUAUAGGUUAGCAGGUGGUGAUAGGAACAAACAAAUAGCAGAAGACAAGACAUUCCACAACUUCCACAUAACUUUCUCGAUGACUGAAACACUCAUCCACCAAGGCACACUGUAACUCACACUAAUACAAUUAAAAGAAUGUGCUCCAAAAGUUUUGCUCUUUUAAUUUCAUAUUCUGUACAUAUUUUUACAUAAAUGGAAUGUUAUAACAUACUGUAUGUCUAAAUAGUUUCUAAAAUAAAAUUUCUAGGCAUGUACUGUCGGCCUGUCUCUGAAGUAUCUUGGGGGGUUUAACCCAAAUAAAAAUAGUUUCCUUCA